AUGUCAGGAGAAUUUAAGGCUUUGGAUUUGGCUCAGUUUAUUGAUGAAAAAUACAAUGAAUUAACGGCAAUUCAAAAACAAAUUGGUGAUGAUUUUAUAAGAUCUGAAAGAAGUUGUCGUGUGAAUCUUCGUAGAUGGGGAGCUAAGUUUGAAGCAAAUUCACAACGUCUCUAUUUUGAAGGAGACGAAAGGAAUGAUGCAGUGAAACAUCGUAAUGAAUUUAUUGACUAUUUUCUACCACAUAAAGAUUUUUAUUACACAAUUAGUAAUGGUGACGCACCCAUGUGGAAUAUUCCAGCCCAAAAUUUUGGUAAGAAUAUCGGUACUCGUUGUCCAAUUAAACAAAUUGAAUAUAUUGAUGAAAACGGCGCAAUAAAAGUUAUUGAUUGUUAUUUUCAACGUCGAGAAAACAAAGAUAGAUCAAAAGGUUUAGUUGAAUUAUGUAAAGAUCUAGAUAUUCAAUUACCAGAUAAAGCUAAGUUAAAGGAAAUGCAUGAAAUACUUUCAACACGUCGAGCGUUUCAAAAUGUUACAAAACUUGAAAUGCUGGCGGUUAAAUACAGUAUUGAAUUGCCCGCACCUUAUUUACCUAACCCGUCACCAUCAUCCUCGUGA